UACUCAUAUUCUAGCUCCGCCCCGAAGAAAAAGUAUCCGCAAAAAGAAAAGAGAAAAAAAAAAAAAAAGAUGCAUGGUAAGCCCCAAAGCAUAUAAUAAAAUCAUCAUUUGUACUUUGUAGUAACAAAAACUACACCAAGUUGAUUGAUAUAAUUGAUACCAAUAUACAAUAUCCCUCCCCUUUCCACUUCUUCUUUUGCUCUCAUUAUAAACACAAGAGAGGAGACUUUUCUUUCUCUUUCUCUUUUCCUUUCUCCUCCUCCUCCUCCUUCUUUUGGAAAAUAAAAAUAAAAAUAGGCAAGCCAUCAUGAAGAACACAAUAAGAUGUUGCAUAUCUUGUAUACUACCAUGUGGGGCACUUGAUGUUAUUCGUAUUGUUCAUGCUAAUGGAAAAGUUGAAGAGAUUAGUGGGAGUGUUAAAGCAUCAGAAAUCAUGAAGAUUUACCCUAAACAUGUACUUAAAAAGCCAUCAUCAUCUUAUUAUUCUUCAGAAGGAGGUGGAGUUUGUCCCAAAAUUGUUGUAGUUCCUCCUGAUGCUGAACUUAAACGUGGAAAGAUUUAUUUCCUCAUGCCAAUUCCAACUCCUUCUUCAAGUGGAAAAAAUCGUUCGAGAUCAUCAACAACAACAAGGAAGAAGAAAACAAGAUCAUCGUCAUCGUCGUCGUCAUCAUCAUCACAAGGUCAUAAUGGUAAUCAUAGUAAUAAUAAUAAUAAUAAUGGUAAUAAUUUGAUGGUCUCUAAUGAUCAAUAUUUGAGUGAAAUUUUGUCUGAGAAAGUGUCAACACAAAGAGAUAGAAGAAGAGGAAGAGUUGGAGUAUGGAGGCCUCAUUUAGAAAGCAUUUCUGAGACUGCAAGUCAUGAAGCAUAAUUAAAUCUCAAUAUAAUCCCAGUUUUUAUUAUAUUCUUUCAAGAAUUUUUCUUCACUAUUAUGGUAAAGGUGAUCAACCAAAGUUUGAAAUGUUUAUCUUUUAGUUCUUCUUUUGUUUGUAAAUAAGGAUAGAAUUAAGGAAGAAAACAAUAAUAUGCCCCUCCAAAAAAAGAUAAAGUUGUAUUAUUGUUUGAAUUUUUGUACUUAAUGAUUUGAUUACUACUACUUGUUUAUGAGAAAUCUACGGUGAUCAUUAAGGAUUAA